CGCCGCCAUAUUGGGUUGUAUUACAAAUAAGUAUUCAGAUCGACGGAAGUUCGUUCCCCAAAAAACUAUUUAUUUUCCAAGUUAAAAACGUUUAAAAAUAUGUGAAAAUGUUUAUAAAGUGUAAAUUAAGUGAAAACUUUAAUAAAAUCGCUUGAGAAAACAAUUUUUAAUCCUUUAAAAAUGCUUCUUCGAAGCGACAGAAGAGAUCGACGUUUACGUCGAUCUAGCAUGCGUUCAACGUCUGCUUCCGUCGCUUUAAUAUCACCGAAGAGAUUAAAACCAACACCGAAAAGCAUAAAAAGCCUCCAAAUAACCCACAAUAAUAAAACAACAUCGCAAGCUGCCGCUUCAUCGACUACAAGCAGCAGCAACGGUAGAAACAGUGGCAAUAAUAACAACAACAACACACCCUCUUCUAGUAUAACCAAUUCCAAGUGCAAUAAUAAAAAUCUAUCGCCAAUUGUAAAACGUUUAAAUACUACAACAGCAGGGAAUAGUCUAAGUGUUUGUUUAACAGGACAACGUUCUAUCGGUACCAGAACAUCGUCGUCCUUGGCCGCUGCCGCAUCACAGCAUCAACAAAAAAUACUCAGUGGCAAUAAACGAAGAAGAAAGUCAACCGAGAAAGAAAAUCGAUGGCAUAAGAAAGAAGCAAUCCGCUUGGCAUUGUACGAAGCCAGCGGAGUUGGUGUGUGUACACGGAAGAAACUAAUUGCUUCUAAAAAUGUUUCAGCAGUUGCAGAAAAUAAUGUCCCUGCGCCACCGAUUUUUGCAAAGCUUCCACCUGCAAAGACCAAAGUCGAUGAUAAAGAAGAAGCAGAUAGUUGCAGUGUUUCCACGACAUCUUCACUUGUAGGUAAUGUCGUUGAAUGUAGCAAAUCAUCUACCACGACCGAGCUUCCUCCAGCAGCUCCAUCUGAGUGUCCUUUGGAAGAACCGGUUUCAACAUCGCAGGAACAGCUCUCUCAACCAAAAUCAUCAGUGGUUCAACCAGAUGAAAGCAAUCUGACUAGCAUCACCGAAUGUGACAGCACAACCGACUAUGAACAACCGCCUUCGAUUUCGACAGGUCGCGGAAUGCUGGAUAUGAUUUCUCCCGAAGUCGAUUCCACCACGGAAGAUCUUCUAUGUUGUGUUUCCUCAGAAAACGCCACCGAUGCAGCUUUGUCAUCUUUCUGUGGCCUUUCUAGUGCUGCCUUUUUGGAUUUCAGAUCACCAUCAUCAACAGUCACAACAACAUGCAAUAGUCAGCAGCAACAACAACAACAGCAGUCGCAGUUAUUUCUUGCUCCAGCGUCGACUUCAACCGCAACUUUCGAUCCGAGUUACUUUUCGUCAACGUCACAAUUUAUGAACCCUACCAACAAUACAGCGACAACAUCUAAUUUUGGCUUCUAUAAUUUUCCUCGUAGUUCUCAGGAUCUUAUAUCAAUUUCAAUGUUUGAUGACCCUGAUCCAGACAAGACAAUACCUUCAUCAGAAUCUUAUCAACCGAACUAUGGGUCACCGUAUAACUCAGUCUUUUCGACAAACUCAGCGCCAUCAACAUCUUCGGCAGCUGCAGCAGCGGCUACUCUAAUGGCUAGCGUCACUAUGAGUAACUCGGACUACUCUCAUAUUGCUGAUUUGUUACCCUACAAUCCGAUACUGGCACACACGUUGCUCAAUUGCACCGAGAGUGGACACUUUUCCGAUACAUCUUGUACUGGCUACGAACAGGAUUCAUCGUCAUCGCAAUCCUCAUCGUACUAUCAGCAAACGGCUAUUGAUAAUCUCAAAGCACUCACCAAUCUUCCCUCUAAUCCGACGUCUAUCUUUUCUUCGAUAAAUCUUCCGCAUAAGGAUAAUAUCGGUGGGUUGGGUGGUGGUGGUCAUGGUGCUAACAAUAGUUCCUCGUCUUCAUCAUCAUCGACGUCAUCCUCUGAAUGCAAUGCCGCAUAUGGUGGCAAUACAAUUGAAGUAGACUCACUGAUUCACAGUGUUGCAUCGUAUCAGUCGUAUCAGCAAGAUAUCCAUGGGACAACUGCAGCCAUGACCAAUUUGAUGUAUACAGCCGCUUUGGAAGGAUGCACAACACCGAUAACUAUGUCGCAUGUCGUUGCAAAUUUAGAGGAAGAAUGUCCCGAAGUGGAGGAAAUUCCAGAUACACGUCAAGAGGAAAUGCAAUGGGAUACUUUUGAUCCGUAUGUUUUUAUAAAACAUUUACCUCCACUUACUAUGGAAAUGCGAGCCAAGUGUCCGGCACUUCCAUUGAGGACACGAUCAAGUCCUGAAUUCAGUCUGGUAUUGGAUUUGGAUGAAACUCUUGUACACUGUAGUUUGCAGGAAUUAUCGGAUGCUAGUUUUAAAUUUCCUGUUCUUUUUCAAGAUUGUAAAUAUACAGUAUUUGUUAGGACACGUCCGCAUUUUCGUGAGUUCCUCGAAAGAGUUUCGCAAAUAUUUGAAGUCAUUCUAUUUACCGCAUCAAAGAGGGUAUAUGCUGAUAAACUUUUAAAUUUGCUUGAUCCAGAGAGGAAGUGGAUAAAAUAUCGGUUGUUUCGUGAACAUUGUGUUUUUGUUAAUGGUAAUUACAUAAAAGAUUUAACCAUACUUGGCAGAGAUUUGUCAAAGACGAUUAUAAUUGAUAAUUCGCCGCAAGCAUUUGGAUAUCAAUUGGAAAACGGUAUACCAAUCGAAAGUUGGUUUAUGGAUCAAAAUGAUUCUGAGCUCUUAAAAGUGUUGCCAUUCUUGGAGAGAUUAGCUGAAAUGCGCGAAGAUGUUCGGCCACAUAUUAGGGAGAAAUAUCGAUUGUUUUCCUACUUGCCACCUGAUUAAGAUUGUUUCAGCAUAACACCCUCAUAAAUGCAUAUAAAUAUUAUAUUAGUUAAUUUAAUCUAGUAAUACGUUUCACAUAAUUAAAAAUAGUAAAUCUUAAAAUUUAAUACAAAAAAAACAAAAAAAUCAAAAACAAAUUAAAUACUUAUACAAACUUAGAGUUGAUAAAAAAAAAACGUUAACAAGAACAAAAUAACAUUAGUUGAACACGAUAAAGAUAAACAAACAAAUAUUAUUGAGUAAUUUUUACAUGGAUUUGAAAUCCUUAUUUGUAGAGGAAAAGUUUUAUUUAGAAAAAAAAAAGAAAAAACAAAAAAUUUAUUAAAGUGUGCUUAACAUGCGGAAUUUGUACAGGAAUAAAGUUUUAUUAUGUCUACACUUAAAAACAUAAAAAAGGAAAAAGUUUUUGAAAAUAUUAAUUACUGCAAUGACGUACAACUAUUUAUGUAGGUACGGCCAAUUUAUUAAUAACAAACAUAAUAUAUAUUAUAAUGUAUUUACUUUUUAUUUGACUUAUUCGAUCUCAACAGAAAAACAAAAAACAAACAAUACAACAACAAAAACAAAAAUAUUCAAAAAUUACAAAAAAAAAAAAACAAAAACAAUAUUAUUAAUGAUUUAAGGAAAGGAUUUUGUUAUUUGUAUAAAUAUUUUAUUUUUUAACCUAUAACAAACGUGUAUGUAA